AUGGAAUCCAUCAUUCAGCAAGACUACAACUCCUCCAAGUUCCGCCGCAUAGGCCAGGGCUUCUGUGGAUCCGUAUGGGCAGCCGAAGGAGGCACGACGGCGAUGAAAAGAGAGGAUGGCGGUCCGGGGCGGUCUUUGCUCAACGACUACAACAUGCACAAACUCGUGCUCGAGACAGCUUCACAGGACAAGGUCAGCGUGUGCGUGCCACGAUGGCCGAAUUUCGUUAAGAACGACGACAGUUGGUGGUGCGACAUGAAUCUCGCCAGAUUUCCAACCGGCUACACUACCUGCAACGUGCUCUGCGCCGAACGCAUACCACCACUGCCGCAGGAGGUAAGGAAUCGUCUCAUUGACCGGUACUGUCCACCCGCGUCGGUUGCGACCAUCAAGGCCAACGACGCCGACCGAGACUGCUUGGUACGCCCCUACCUGGGUCGGCGAAAGAUCCAGAACGAGGCCCGGAGAGGGCGAAACUUCUUCUCCCUGCGCAACUAUCCUUUGCAUCUCAACCAAGCAGAGGACCUGGAGCUUCCGAUUUUAAAGUACGCACAUGCCAUGGCUGAGAUACUCGCCAUGAUGCACUGGACUGCAAAGAUCGACGCGAACGACAUCGAGUUUGUGCUGGGAGGCUUGCAAACACAAACAAAGACCGGCCGCAACGAAUACACACACGACAUCUUGGGAACUCACUCUCUAUGGGUCCUGGAUUUUGACUGCUGCAAGCCGCUGGCCAUGGACGACGCCGGCAUCGAGCAAGCCGCUUAUGCGUUCUUGAGGAACGACCCGUACUUCCCUCGCCCUGCAAACAGCGCACAAUCCCCAGACAGCAGCCUGUGGGUUGAAUUCCGCACCCGAUAUCUCGAGUACAGUCAGAAUCUUGUCACUGAUCACGGCGUAGCCUGUCUCAGCUUACCCGAGAAGUUUAUUGCACGGGUUGUGGAAAUGUACGAACAAGGCAAAGAGCGAAAGACAUCGGCACUCAUAUCGUAA